GAACUGUGAACAACAGAGCGAGCUCUGUAAGAGCUGUUGUCGUUCGAAACGGAAAGGAUAGGUGGGACCGAAGACAGAGGAAAAAUAAGUUGGCAAGUAACUGACGGCUCUGCAGUGAGACCAGGGAUUAAAGAACUGAAACGUUUUCUGAAAAAGAGAGCGUUUCUUCUUUCCUGCUGUCUCCGGAACAAGUGUCACUAGCAACAGACGGUUCUGUUGCAUCGGUUUCACACCAGUUGGCCCUACCCCUCCGCCAAAAUCCGGCUAUUAGAUGUGACCACGAGGUUGAUCAGGAGAAGCCAUCAUGUCUUAAACACAGAAGGGCCCUCUGGAGCCCUACCGCCCCACCGUGGCCCGCCAUCCCCCUCCCCCUCUCCCUCCCCCGUCCACCACCUUACACCCUCUCCAAGCCCCAUCCAAAUCCCAGACCUUUCUGCCCAUGUGAGAGACAGGCUACCCAACCCUGGCUCCCCACUGGCGCAUCCCUCCCCUCCCGCCGGAGAGAUGAGCUUGCAAAAGCACCAGCAGCUGGGGCGCGGAAGUGGUGGGGUAAUGGGUUCUGAUCGGGACCUGCAGUCCACUGCUUCCUCCAUCUCUCUGCCCUCCGUGAAGAAGGCCCCCAAAAAGAGGCGUCUCUCCCUAGCCUCGCUUUUUAGGCGGCGAGGACGAGAGUCUAAAUCAGGGCGCCAACGGUCCCGAGACCUGCAACAUUCUGGACCCGGAGGGCUAGGAGGGGUGGAUGGCAUUGCCAGUAUUGAGAGUAUCCACUCUGAGAUGUGUAAUGAUAAGAACUCUGCCUUCUUCGCUGUGGCUGGGACCGGAGCUGCCUCGUCUGCUGCUGCUGCCUCCACCUCAUCUGCCUCGGGGCCUUGUUCCUCUACCUCCUCAUCCUCCAAGGUAGGGGGUGGGGUUGGGGCAGAGCUACUGGAGUGCCCGCUGUGCCUUCUGCGUCACUCCAGGGAGAGUUUCCCUGACAUCAUGACCUGUCACCACCGCUCCUGCAUUGAUUGCCUGCGCCAGUACCUACGUAUUGAAAUCUCAGAGUCCCGUGUCAACAUUAGCUGCCCUGAGUGUUCAGAGCGCUUCAACCCACACGACAUCCGUAUGAUCCUGGGAGACCACGCACUGAUGGAGAAAUAUGAGGAAUUCAUGCUGAGGAGGUGGCUGGUGGCUGACCCAGACUGCCGCUGGUGUCCUGCACCAGACUGUGGGUAUGCAGUUAUUGCCUUUGGGUGUGCCAGCUGUCCGAAGCUCACCUGUGGGAGGGAGGGCUGCGGUACAGAGUUCUGUUACCAUUGUAAGCAGCUGUGGCAUCCCAACCAGACCUGUGACGCAGCGCGCCAGCAAAGAGCCCAGAGCCUCCGCCUCAGAACGGUGCGCUCAUCCUCCCUCAACUACAGUCAAGAGAGUGGAGCUGCAGCUGAUGACAUCAAGCCGUGUCCACGCUGUGCUGCUUACAUCAUCAAGAUGAAUGAUGGCAGCUGUAACCACAUGACGUGCGCUGUCUGUGGCUGCGAGUUCUGUUGGCUCUGCAUGAAAGAGAUCUCAGACUUGCACUACCUGAGUCCAUCAGGCUGUACUUUCUGGGGAAAGAAGCCGUGGAGCAGAAAGAAGAAGAUUCUUUGGCAACUGGGAACACUCGUGGGUGCCCCUGUUGGCAUUGCACUCAUUGCAGGCAUAGCUAUCCCUGCCAUGAUUAUUGGUAUUCCUGUAUAUGUGGGAAGGAAGAUCCAUAACCGCUAUGAAGGCAAAGAUAUUUCCAACCACAAGAGGAACCUGGUGAUCGCUGGUGGGGUGACUCUGUCUGUCAUCGUGUCUCCAGUAGUGGCUGCAGUCACUGUCGGCAUUGGAGUUCCUAUCAUGCUUGCAUAUGUGUACGGCGUGGUACCCAUCUCUCUGUGCCGUAGUGGUGGGUGUGGUGUCUCCGCUGGGAACGGGAAGGGAGUUCGCAUAGAGUUUGAUGAUGAGAAUGACAUGAACGUUGGGAGCGGGGCAGCUGCCGCUGAUACUACAUCAGUCGCAGACACCAGAAACAACCCCAGUAUAGGUGAAGGGAGUGUAGGUGGGUUGACAGGCAGCCUGAGUGCAAGCGGCAGCCACAUGGACCGUCUGGGGGCCAUUAGGGAUAACCUGAGUGAGACUGCCUCCACCAUGGCCCUGGCUGGAGCCAGCAUCACCGGCAGCCUGUCUGGCAGCGCCAUGGUCAAUUAUCUGAACAGGCUGGAGGUGCAGGCUGAUGUGCAGAAGGAGCGCUGCAGUCUUAGUGGCGAGUCUGGCACAGUGAGCCUGGGAACAGUCAGCGACAAUGCUAGCACCAAAGCAAUGGCUGGAUCCAUUCUUAAUGCCUACAUGCCUCUUGACAGAGAUGGGAACAGUAUGGAGGUGCAGGUUGACAUUGAAUCCAAACCUGGCAAACUACGCCAUCACAGUGGCAGCAGCAGCAUUGAUGACGGCAGCCACGUUGGUCGCUGCGGCUGGACCUGUCCCUCUAACGGCUGCACCUCUGCAGAGGGCAAAGGAACCUCCACUAAGUGGGCCAAAGAGGCCUCCUGCUCCUCCUCCUCCAGCUCGGGGGGCAAGAAGAGCAAAGGCAAGCUGCGGAAGAAAGGGGGAGGAGGCACAAAGAUCAAUGAGACACGGGAGGACAUGGAUGCUCAGCUGCUGGAGCAGCGCAGCACCAACUCCUCAGAGUUCGACUCUCCUUCGCUGAGCGGCAGCCUGCCAUCAGUGGCCGACUCCCACUCCAGCCACUUCUCUGAGUUCAGCUGCUCCGACCUGGAGAGCAUGAAGACCUCAUGUAGCCACGGCUCCAGCGGUGGUGACUACCACACGCGCUUUGCCACAGUCAGCCCCCUGCCUGAAGUGGAGAACGACCGCCUGGAGACCUGCCCCACUUCUUCAUCCUCCUCCCAGGGACAGAGUGCUGUGGCCACCCCCAACUCCCCCACCUCCACCACGUCCUCCCUGGGUCACGGCACAGAGCUCCCCCCUCUCUGCUUCAUAGCAGAGGAGAAUCUCAGCCUGGUGUGCCCCACUGAGCCUGACUCUCACAGCAACACCGGAGAGAUGUUGAAGGAAACCAACAACAACACCCAGCAUCAUCAACCACAACAGCCAGCCCAGACGCAGCAUCAGCCCAAGAACUCCUGUAUACAGACUGAUAUUUAAAAUCUCAAUACCAUAAGUGCUGCACACACAUUGUUUUAACAUCCUUUUCCUCCACUAACAUAACAAUCCUAGCUUAAGGUUCAACCUGCAUUUUCUGUUAUUCCCUUGUAAAGGGGACAUGUUACUUUUGGAUUGGACGUCCUCGGUUGAAAAGCAGCCACUGAGUGAAGUAUUAAAAAAGGCUUCUGCAGUGCAGCCACAUGAGAUAUUUUAAGGUUAUAAAUGCUGAUGUUUCUCCCUGUGCUGCUGCUGACACAUUUUUGUCACUCACCGGCCACCUGUAACAGAAGGCAACCCACUGACUCGGGUGUGUCAGAUUUAUCUGUGUAGACUAAAAUAAAACCACUGUGCCAGGUUUGCUAGUAUUUGAUUUUGGCCCUACUGUCUGGAUGCAACACCAUAAGAGAAGUUAACCAAGCAAGGACAAGGCAAUACAACUUAUUUUAUUUUCCCCAACACGUAUUAGUUAACAGAGGGAACCUGAGAGUUCUCAUCUGUAUUUAUUAUUAGACUGGUUGUUUUUUGUCAUGGAUCUGUGUUUGAAAUGAAAAGGCCUGGGCUCAAUGUCCUGAAUCAUUUUAGCUCUAAAACUGACUUAAAAACAACUGAGAUUGUUUUUAAAUGGAUGCACGCACAGCUAUUGUCCCAUUGUGGGAGAUGGUGCUUGAUGGCUCUUUAGCAGCUCGCUAAGAAACGAUUUGAGACCUGUAGCCUAAUUGAGUGCAUGUUCUAGCACUAAGGUGACUCAGGAAGCCUGGGCCUCAACUUGCUCUGUGGAAAGUUUGUAAUGAUAUAUGUUGAGGGUGUGGGUGGGGGCUAUUUUUUGAUUUGACAAAAGGUCUCUGGAAGGCCGUAGAUGUUGAGAUAAUGCUUAAAGUCAUUAUAAUAACAUUAACCAAUGGGUUGGUCAAUUCUGUGAAAUUGUACAGUGAUUUAUUCAGGCUGAUGGUUUCGCCUCACUGAGUAAGAGAGAGCUUUGAUAUCUUUCUUUGUUAACUCAUGGUGCCUUCAAGAAGCUGUUUGUGUUCCGUUUAUCUCCACCGUGUCUUCUAGAUUCCAAACAACAACCACCACAACAACUUAUUGCAUAAUGUCUGACUGUGUAGGAAGGAUGCUCAUUCACAUACACAACAUCCUAUGGUAGAUAUGGUAAAUGAAGACUUUUCAAUUGCCUACCAAAGACAGCACUCAGGCUCUUGUUAAAUCUUAAACCUUUGACUUGUCAGCUGAAGAUGCAGUAUUGUGCAUCCUUUUGAAACCACAGGGAUGAAUGAUACGAUCCGAAAUUAUACAGACACACAGACUGCUGUUUUUGUAUAUGCUUCACAAAUGCUACGCAAAUAACCAGGGCAGUACAACGGCCCGAGGCACCUGCACUGUUACCUGUAUUUCUUAUGACAUUGAUAUUUUGCAAUGCACAAAGGUUAAUGGGGAUGCAGAGGUUUGUUAAUGGUUACCUUCCUUAUUGAUUUGUCCUGUGAGUUCCUGUUUGUGUUGCCAAUCGGUGCUGCUGAGCAGACUUGAAGUUAAGUUCUUCUUUAUUUCAGUGUUUGCUUAAGCCUGUGUUUACCGCUCCGUGGUCUGCUUUACUGGGGGCCACCGAGUCAGCUCAGGUGAACCUCAACCAUUGAAUGGUAUCCUGACCCAGGUCUGUUACUGAAUGAACACUUUGGUUCGGUGGAUUCGGCUUCAUGCUGCACUCCUUCCCUGCAUUACAGAAAAACAGUUUUGUUCUUCCCCUUUAGUUCGGUUUCUCAUUCUUCACCCAAAUUCCAAUUUCUCACUCCUAAGUUGAACACUAGUGCCAGAUAUAAUUUGUAAUUUGUGCAGAAUUGCAUAAGGUAUUUGUAUAUUUGUUUGGUAAUUUGCUUUACUAUAUGCGUGUAAAUGCAUAUCAAAAAAAUUAAAAAAAACAACUAUAUAUGAAAUGUUUACGGUUUCCCAGUUUUUAAGUUAAUAAAACUACUGUAAAUACA